UGUUGAAGCUGCUGCCUCCCGGUAACCGACCCCUUUCCUCUCACGCGUCCCGGUGGCCGUCUGUGGGCGGCGGCGCGGCCCGGCCUGCCCCUUCGCGCCGAGAGCGGGCGGCCCUCGCCAUGACAGAGCAGGAGAAAGCAGAAUGGGAAAGCCUAAACAAGCUCUUAAUGCGUCACGGGUUGAAACCGGUGAGUCUUGCAAGCUGCAGAAAUAUACCGGAUAUGAUUGUCUUAGACAGACAGUCUUCUCUAGGAAUAAGACUUGCAUUAAAAACGCUGGUGGAAGACACGGAUCGACAUCAGAAAAUGAUGCAGGGUCUUAUGGAGGCUAAUCGUUGUCUUAGAGAUGAGAUACGACAGGAACGAGGUCGGGCAUCUCGACAAGAAAAACGGGCUAAUGAUUUGGAAAACGUGGUGAAAAACAUUAAGUCCAAAAUUUGUCAGCUGGAAGAUGAGACGAUAGCUAAAGUUUGUCAGCAACAGAAUCAAGUCAAAGAACUUCAAAAAGAUCAACAGCUUUCACAGGCAAAAUAUCAACAGCAGCAGGAAAAGCUGAAAGAACAGGAAGAGAUUAUUGCCCGUUUGCAGAAGGAGCUGUGCAAAGUUGGUAUAGAAGAGCAACAGCGUGUUUCCACUCAAAACAAAAUGUUCUGUCAGUUUCGCAAAAGAGCUCCCAAGUCUCUUCUAGAUCAGCAGUUCCUUUCUCUAAUUGAUUAUUAUGAAUCUCAAAUUAGUCAAAUGAAAAAGGAGCUAAGGCAAUAUAAAAAAGAUGAAGACCAGGUACAGAGAGAAGUGAAAAGCAAGGAAGAAUUCUUAAAUCUAGAUGCUACUCCUAAUUAUAGAGCACUGCUCACGUCUUUCCAGAAACAACUUAUUGAAACAAAAGCCAGGAAUGAACAGCUUUUGCUUGAAAAUAUAAAUCUCAAGAAAGAUUUGGAAAUAAGACCAACUGCACAGGAAUUAAAACUUUACAAGCACCAAGUGAAGAAACUAGAGAAAACUUUACAGAAAACUAUCCAAUCGUCAGGGAGCAGUACUGGAGAAAGAACAGAAGAAAAGAAAGAACCUGAGAGUACCGCAGGAGUAGAUCAGCUGCAGGCAGUUGGCCAGCAAUACUUACAAGUGUUGUCCCAUAUUGAUUCUAUUUUGCGAAGUCCAAGAGCUCCUCCGUUAAUAUACAGGCGCAGUAAAGGGCCAGUGCAAAAUUAUACUAAAGAGAAUGGACAGGAAUGUGGAUUUGAGCACCUUCCGCUUACUAUAGAAAUGUGGGCAGAUCAGCUCAUGGCCCUAAAGGAUUUGCAUAGGUCCUUGAGAAAACUGUCCCUGGAAUUGGUGCCCUGGCACGCUGCAGAUCCACAGGAUAACAGAGAAUCCAUACGAGUUGAAGACCUCCAGUUCGUAGUAGAUGCAAUUUUGGAAGAAAUCGAAAAUAAGGAAAAGAACAGCCAGACACCGUCCUUGCCAACCCUGUGUGCAAUAGUCUCUCACUUCCAGAAGCUGUUUGACGUGAAUUCUCUGAGCGGUGUUUAUCCACGAAUGAAUGAGGUUUACACAAAGCUUGGGGAAAUGACCAACGCUAUGAGAAAUCUCCAUGAGCUGCUGGAACUAGACAGUUCAGCUCCACCCACUGUGGUAGUGGAUACUGUUGGGAAACUGUGUGACAUGAUUAACGAGAACGUGACUGAGCAGGUACAGCAGCUUCUGGGGACCCAAGACAUCCACAGGAGACAAAGCAAAUACUGCACGUGGGUGGGGAGGAGAAAGUGUUGCAAGGUUUCAGCUGUAAUACUGAACGUCUCAAGCUGCCUACAAGUAUUUUGGGAACUGGACAAAUCUUGUUCCGUCUUCAACAGUAUAAUCAAGAAGCUAGAAGAACACGAGUGCUUCUUUCCACCAUUUCAAGCUCUCAUUCAAGACUUGCUUUGUCUUCUAGAGAUCAAUAACCUGGAUGAUAUUUUACCUACUGUGCGACGUUUGAAAUUGGUAGCUAGUUAAGAGUUACUCUGCUUUUCUCUGGCAAGAUUCAUCGUACCUGUGAAUGCUGAUGCAUAUGACAUUACAGCUACCUCUAACCUCUGUUACCCUGAUCAAGAGUUUCAGACUUUUUGACGUAAAUAAAAGCUGCUGCAUUUUUUCAUUUUUCUUAAUUCUUGUUUCAUGGUCAAUUUAAGAAAAACUUACUCUAUCCGCUAUCGACUGGUCUACUCGGUCCCAGAGAGAGAACCAACACACUCUGCAUCGGUCUGGGAGGCCAAACCCAGCCCAAAGGCAGGCAGACAGACCGUAACCACUAAGCAUUUUGCUUGUUGCUGACACAGCGGCGUGGCGAAGGAGCCUUUGGAGAUGGCCUCAAACUUCAGCUCUUUACCAGGAGCUUUGGAUGCGUCAUUUUUCCCCCACUGACAUAAUUGCCCUAAGCUUACGUGAGACACAGACAGAAGCUGGGCCAGGGCAAUUUGGGUUUCCCAUCCCACUGGUCAGCGUGGAUGGCAACCUCCUGGACUACCUGCAUUCCUUGGGCUCCAUUGAAGGAGAGGAGGAAGAACUACUGCCAUUAACUACAGACGUGGAAGGGGAAAAAACCCUGGUUCUUAAUCUUUGCCUCAGACCAGUGCUUAGGGUUUAAGUCUGAACCACAAUGAACGUACAAGCAAAACUCUAAGUGGCUUAUUAUAAUAGUUUCUAUAAAUGCUUUGUAAUUAAAAUUUUAUCAUAUAUAUACAUAUAUAUGUUGCUGAUCAGAGUAUUAAUUUAGUUAAGAUCUUUAUCCAAGUUAAAAUUUGUUGCAAGGUUGCUUUAAUAAACAUAAUUCUUUCAAUUAUGUAUCCUAGUGGCUUUUAUGGUAACUUAAAAUAUGCUGAAGACUGUAAUUGAUGUAUAGGCCUCUUAUUAAAACCAUUUCACGGGGCAGGUAUUGCACUAGCAACUGGAUUAACAAGCAACUUAGAUAAAGCUACUAAAUUAGUUCAAGUUAGUCCUGAGCUUGCAGGUCAAAUAUUAUUAUUGCUCACCAAAAUACACGGCCCUUUUACCCGCGCCCCAACACCACUCGCGCAAACUGGCAGCAAAGCAAUCAGCAGGGUUUGGGAGC